AUGCGUGCUGUUCGAGUGCAACAAGUUGGACGUCUUCAGCAAGCUCGCCGAGCCUCGGCUCUUCCACGACGAUCUCUUGUUGGUUUAGGCUCGCGCGAAAUCGGGUAUCCUUUGGCCAAUCCAAAGCCUCAAGUCAAGAGUUUGGAUCAAGCUUUUGAUAGAAUCAAGUCAGGAGAUCAUAUUUUUGUCCAUGGUAUUGCUGUAACUCCAACUUACCUUUUGGAAGGACUUAGUGAAGCUGCGAAGCAAAGAGACUUGAAGAAGAUCACUUUGCACCAUCUUCAUCUUGAAGGUCCAACUCCGUGGACCGCUCCCGACGUGAAAAGUAUGUUUUUUAUUUGUUUCUUUUUGUUUUUAGGUCUUUCAAGAAGAAUUGGAAGUAAAAAGAGGGAAAUUAUGAUUAUAAAAUGUUUAUUUGUUUUUAUGCGAAUUAUGUUGCAGUAGAUGUAAAACAACUAAAAAACUGUCUUUUUUGUUUGUUUAUUCUUGUUUUGAAGUUUGUACAAGAUAGUUUUAGCUAAAAAGUUAAAAAAGAGAACACUUUUGAGUCUUUAAAUUGUCUUUUUGAACCAAUAUAUUGCUGUAAAUGGGAUCUUUAAUUUUGAGGAGAUUAUGUUAAAGAAACGAUAAGUAACUUACGUAAUCUUUGGUUAAAACAAGUUUUUUUAAAGGUUAUUAUUGAUUAAUAACUUUAUAAUUUCAGACAGAAUCCGUUCAAACUCACUCUUUACCGGUCACAAUCUUCGUACCGCCAUCAAUGAUGGAACAACAGACUUCAACUCCAUUUUCCUCCACGAAAUCCCAUUGCUCUUCCGUCGCGGUCAAGUCAAGUUGGCCGCAGCUUUAGUUCAAGUGUCUCCACCAGAUGCCAAAGGAUUUUGCUCGUUGGGAACGAGUGUUGACGCUGCUCGUGCUGCUUGUUGCCACGCUGAUGUUAUCAUUGCGGUACAAAACAAAUUUGUUCCAAGGACGUUUGGAGAUGCUGUGAUUCAUUCUUCACAUUUCGAUGUGCUUGUUGAGCACGAUACUCCGCUGCAUCAACGUCAUAUUGUAGAAUCUGGAGAGAUUGAUCAGAAAAUUGGAAAAAUCAUUGCUGAUAACUUGGUUGAUGAUGGAGCUACGUUGCAGAUGGGUAAGUUUGAAUGUUUUUUGAAUUUAAAAUGACGGCAAAAUAUGUUAGACACCCCUAACACUACAUAAUCUUAUAUUAAAGUUACUUUAACAAAAAAUGUGUUUAGGUAUUGGUGCCAUCCCAGACGCUGCACUGGCCGCCCUUACAGACCACAAAGAUCUCGGAAUUCACACAGAAAUGUUCUCUGACGGUAUUCUACCUCUAAUCGAAUGUAAUGCCAUCACAAAUGGUAAGAAACAUCAUCACGCUGGACGCACAGUGACUAGUUUUGCCUAUGGUACUCAAAAAUUGUACGACUUUUUGGACGACAACACUUCCGUAUUCUUUGGUGAUGUUCAAUGGGUAAAUGACCCAUCGAUUGUCAGACAAAACCCCAAAGUUUGUGCCAUCAAUUCGGCUGUUGAAGUGGAUUUGACCGGUCAGGUAAGGGUUUUUUUUGGAUUGUUUUUAGGCAUAAAGUUAAUUUUGGUGGAUUUAAAAGAGAUUUUUUUACUUUAGGUAUUUUUGAUUUUUUCUCAUUCAAUUUUAAACCUUGUUGGUUUUCAGGUAGUAGCCGACUCUGUAGGCAAGAGAUUCUUAUCUGGAUUCGGUGGCCAAGUCGAUUUUAUCCGAGGAGCUGCUCUGGGAGAUGAUGGAGAAGGUCGACCAAUCAUCGCUUUGCCAUCAGCUGCCAAGAAGGGACAGUCGAAGAUUGUACCGACCAUUAAUGAGGUAUGGUUCAACAGUUUCUGCUUGUGACCUGAUAUUUCUUUUUAGAUAUUCUUUAUUUUUUGCUUUUUGUCAAAGUUUUGCAAAAAGGUCAACCCUGUGGACUUUUUAAAAAUAUUUUGAAAUUUCGAAAAAAUUUUGAACGUUUUUUCAAAAAUUUUUAUUUUCAGGGCGCCGGUGUAGUAACCUCUCGAUCUCACGUACAUUACGUCGUUACCGAGUACGGAAUCGCUCAAUUAUGGGGCAAAAACAUGCGCCAACGUGCCUACGAACUGAUCAAAAUCGCUCAUCCUGACAACCGGGAAAGCCUGGAGAAGGCGGCGUUCGAACGCCUGAAGGUCAUGCCUUCGGCUGAUUAG